AAACGGCUACGCGACGCAGUCUCCCGCGCUGCAGCCUACUGCAACCGGCAACAAUAAUAACGUAGCACUUAUUCGAAUCGUUUCCGUACAAUUCGCUCGCGGGCUCAUGCGCCCCCCAUCCCGUUUAGUGCACUCUUAUCACUGACGGCAUAGCGCCAGAGUCCAAUGCGGUACAUUGACAACGGCUUCGUUUCGGUCUCCCGAGUAUUGAAUCCGUUGGAUUCACUCCUGUACGUUCGAAAACCGAUUUAAUGUUCGUGGUCAAUUUGCAGGAUAUGCUCUACGUCAUAGAUUCGUGGUCAAGACUUUUCAUUGUUUUUUUUUAAUUAGCCGAUUUCAAACAUGUCUAACAUUUUAUACACUCCACUGACACAGACAGCAUUUGAGUCUUCUGGUACAUCAAAAGUGGAAAAUCCAUUAACUGUUAAUCAAUUAACUCGUCAAUUGUUGCCAUUAAAGGUGACUAAUAAAGAAAUAGAUUCUGGACUUAAAAGGAUAUAUUGGUUGGGUAAUUACACACACAAGAAAAAACCAAAACCUGUAGAUAAAUGUAAACCAAAAAACCAACUGAAACGAAUACUAGGAUUAAAUCAUCCACCAAAAGAUGUUUUAUCAUAUACUGAUGCAAUGAAGUUGAAUGAGCUUUGGAUGUCAUAUAUGAGAAAAAUUGUUAAUUUUGAUGAUCUCCGCAAAAGAGGAUGGGAUGGCACACCAGGAUGUAAACAUUGGGAACAAUUUAUGACUUCACUUUACAAGUGUGAUUUUCAUGGUGCUCACAUCAAAGUUAUCAGUUCCAAAUGUUGUUCAUAUCUUUUAUUGACGGGUGUUAUAAUUCUUGAAACAAAAAAUACUUUCCAAAUCAUAGGAGUUGAUAAUAAAUUAAAAACUUUACCCAAAGAUCAAUGUGUUUUCGAAUUAGAACUUGAAGGAUAUCUCAUUCAUUUGUACGGUAAACAUUUUAUAGUUAGGUCAAAAGAUCGUUCUAAAAAGAAAAUAAAAGAUAAUCUUAUAUUAGAAUUGUAAAAAUUUAACU